CGUUAAUACAACUUACUCGUGGACUGCGUCGUGGAUUAAUGUACCUCUGAUAUGGAUUAUUAAAAACAAGAAAUGACGCGACAAUCAACUCUUUUUAUGGAGAGCCACUGCAUGGCGAGAUAACAGACGAGAUAUAUUUAAACUGCAGUACUUGGGUUUCAUUGUAUAUAAUUAUGGACACUGCCAGUUCUAAGGGGAGAAUGUUAACUGUUGAUGGUCUGGGAAAAACUCGUAAAAGAUCUAGUUAUAUUGAGAUUUUAGGCAAUAUAGCAGCUGACUUGGAUAUAAUGUUAAGUGAUUUAUGUGAAGUGUAUCCAGACCCAAAGCAUUCAUCAACAGUUAAAAAUGCCACCCAGAAAUGUAAUUUUUCCGGACGAAAACGAGCGCUUUCCUCAAUAAGCGAUGAUGUGUUUUUAGAUUAUAUCAGCUGUGCUGGUGAAGAUGAAACUGUUAUUGGAAGUCAGUCUGAUAACAGUGGAAAUGAAAGCGAUGUCAGUAGUAGUAACAUCUCUCUUUUAUCAGAGAUUGAAGUUGGAUUCAACAGUACUCUUACAAAGGCUAUAAUGUUUGAUCAACUUCCAAGUACACCACGUGAAAUAGCUUUAAUUGAUAGACUGGUCUUAACGCAUCCUGUAUGGUACCAACCAGUUACCAGUAAAUUGGCUGCGUUUCACAUGUUGCAAGGACAACAGGAAGGGAUGCCCUUAAAUUAUGCCCAACCAGUACACUAA